CUGAUAAUUAAUACGGUAAAAAAAAUAUUCUGACUUUUAUUUAUCUCAUUACAAAAUUGACAAAAAUACUUCAAAAGCAGUAGAAAAAAAAAGACAAUUUUAUGUAAAAUACAUAAGGAAACUUAUAGGAAAUGCCUAGAUAGUUCAACGUCACGGAUGUUUUUAAGUGCCUACUGAGAUACAAUAGUAAUUGGUAUGCCAAUUUUUUUCUAAUCUAGGGAAAAAUACCUUGUAGCUUAAGUGGACUGGUAUUUUAUAAAAUGGAUUUAGAAACUACCUUUAAAGAAGUUUGUGACGGAUUAAAACUGACUAGAAACACUGACCGCAAAAAAAACGCUGAAAAUUUAAAAGAAUAUCUCACAAGAAAUGCUGUUCCUUGCAUGUUGACACAUAAUGCACUUCGUAAAACCGGGUACUGCUGGAGCAAUGUUUUUGGUGAUAUAAACGAAUAUUUUUUAAAGGAAUGUGAAAAAUUUGAAACCUCAAAAACAUUUGAUACAAUUACUGUACCCCUUUGUACGUCACUGCUUCAUCUAUGUGUUGCUGGUUCCAAUAAAGGUAGAGCAUAUGUAAGAUGUGAAAAGAUACUAGAAGCUUGCUAUACUAUCUUGAAAGAUCCACGCCUUGCUACUGCUGUUGGCGAUGCAUAUUUAACUUUAUUAUAUAAAUAUGUUUUGCCUCUCGAUCAUUACCUUGGAUUUAUCAAACCAUCUGAUUGGGAAGAUCUAUUAAAUAUCGGUACUGCAACAUGUUUAAAGUCUUACUCAAAAUUGGAUGAUUUUACUAAGUUGAGAUUCAUUCUCAUUGUUCUGAAAAAUGGAAGUGAAUACUGUCAAUUUGCAGUUUCACUUAAAGAAUCACUCUCACAAAUAAAAAGAUGCUUUUUGAGACUAGGACAUGACAAGAAACUACAAUCGGUCAUCGUGGAUAUCACAAUAGUAUUAAUAAAAACGUUAUCUAUGGAAUGUCGCUUGACCAUGUGCCAAUUUACUGAGAGUAUUUUGUCAUCAAUACUGAAAUUUUACGACCCAAAUCAGGAUGUUUCCAAAAAGUCAUCACUAUUUCAAUUGUUAAAUUACACAAUGAUGGUUCAUCAUCCACAUGGAAGGAAACAAAAUCAAGAAUGCAGUCUGGCUUCCGAUUGGAUUCUAUGGAAUAAGCAUCUUCACAACAUAUUAGAAAUCAUAUGUUUAGAAGUGACUUAUUUGCAGAAAAACCCGAAACACAGUACUAUAAAACAAUUUGAAUAUUUCUUUAGUUUAGCUGCUGCAGUGUAUUUUCAAAUUUUCGAAGGAAUACAAUCACUAGACGAUGAGCCUGGACCAUCGAACAAAAGGCAAAAAAUAAGUUUUAACAAAAUAAAAACUUUUCGGGAUCUUUUAGACGAAUUGCGAAUUAAUAGUGUUCCUUGGUUGGGAAUCAUACAAGUGUUCGUAAGAAAGUAUGGCGAUGAAAUCGCUCCCCUUGAUUACUUAACAUUGAUAAAUGUAUUGGAGUCAAUAAUAACCAAUGAUAAAGCUAACGUGAACUGGGAUAUCUACGAGGAGUUAGCCUGUGACGUUCUAAAGAAGCUAACAGAUGCCACAUCCGGACAAGAAGAUUCUAGUGCCGCGUCGCUGUUACUUUGGAAUUCUUGUGUACGAAACUCGUCGUCUAAUAGUUCGUCACAUAAAGCAAUGCAUAGAAUAAUUCAGAGUUUAUUGGAUUUAAAUAUUUUGUCAUUCAACAAUAUACAGACGCUAGUUAAAUUUUACACCGAGAAAAGUAUGCCGGUAACAAAUUCUAGUGUGGCGACCGUCAAUAGUAUCUCGAAGAGGUUUUUCACCAAAUUCAACAGUCUGGAAACGAAAAUAAGUUUAUACUCUUGGUUUGUUAAUGGAGACAAUCAUUCCGUUGAUAUAUCGAAAACUGAAGAAUUUGUUUCGCGAUUACUGGCACACGAGAAUGUGAAUGUUUACAGAAAAAAAAUCGUUUCUGAAGACGGCCACUUCGAUUUGCUAUUUAAUUCUAUUGAGGAUUGUAUCUUGUUUAGCGAGUUUGAUAUUGACGCGCCCGAAAUUGUAGAAUACGGUGAGCUUAAUAUUGACCGCUUUGAAAUACAGAGAGGCGUACUGAGUCACAUGACUAACGAUUUUAUCACAACUCUGAGGGAACAUAUCGAAAGAUUGAAGAGAAAAGACAGCGAUGUUUUACGGUAUAUUGAAUAUACAACUAUUGUUGUUGUGGCUAUGGAAUGCAUGAUAAAAAAUAGUACGAACAAAUGCGAUUUUAAACAAGAGCUGCGGGAAUCGAUCGAAUUGGCCGCGACGCAGAUGUUCAAACGUUCACAAGAUGUUUUAGUCAGUAACACACAAAUUCCAGUCAAAAUAAAAUUAUUGCAGCGCCUCGAAGACAUUAUGGCGGCUGACUUGAGUCCCGCCCUUGGCUCGCUAAUUCGUAAUUGUAUUAAUGAAGAUUUCUUUCGUUGCAUUAGUGAUAUAUUGCACGUUGAUACUAAGGAUGAAAAUGACGACAUAGUUUGUACCGAAGACGACGACCUAGACAUUGAUGCUCUCAGACAUCACUGCGUAUACGUAUUGGCUUCGUUUUGCAGAAUUCCAGGGCCUUAUAGAGAUGAGCUGUUAGAAUUGAUUUUAGAUCCCAAAUGUUAUGCGUACAGCAAGGACACUCAAUGUGCUCUUAGAUGUAUUGAAAUCUUAAGUGACGGUCGUGUGGAGCAACCUCCUAUAGGUAACGUUUUAAUUGAGUUAAAGGCUUAA